AUGUAUCAUUUAACAGGCUGCAUCCUCUAUUUCCUAGGUGUCUACCAUGGUAAACCUAGUCUUUCAGCCUUGCCCAGCCCUGUGGUGAUGGCAGGUGGGAAUGUGACACUCCAGUGUGUCUCAUCAAAGCCCUAUGAUUGUUUCAUCAUAACUGGGGAAGACCCGAAUUUCUCCAGCGACCCCAAGGCAGUGUGCACAAACUCUGUACAAUCCCAGGCUCAGUUUCCUGAGAUCCCUGUGACAUCCAGCAAGAGUGGGCCCUUUACAUGCUAUGGAUACCACAAAACAAACCCACAUAUCUGGUCAGAGGCCAGUAACUCUCUGGAGAUACAUGUCUCAGGGUUAUCCAAGGAGCCCACCCUGCUGACUCUGCAAGGACCUGUCCUGGCCCCCAGAGAUAACCUGACCCUGCAGUGUUGCUCAGACAAAAGAUAUGAUAGAUUUGCUCUGUCCAAGGAGGGUGGAAGUCACCUCCCACUUAUUUUGGCCAAUCAUACCCAGGCUGGAGGGUCUCAUGCCAACUUCACCUUAGUUUCUGUCAAUUUCUCCACUGGGGGCCGGUAUAGAUGCCAUGGUUCAUACAGAUCUUCUUCUGAAUUGUCAGCUCCCAGUGACCCUCUGGACAUCCUGAUCACAGGAAGACCCCCUGUCACACCCAACCUCUCAGCACAUCCAGGCCCUACUGUGUCCUCAGGAGAGAAAGUGACCCUUCUGUGUCAAUCCUCAACCCAAGUAGACAGUUUCCUUCUGUUCAAGGAGGGUGCAUCUCCUCCCUCUACCUGUCAAAUAUCAAAGCGCCAAGAUCCACAAUAUGAGGCAGAAUUCUCCUUCAGUGCUGUGACCUCGGACUUUGGGGGUACCUAUAGGUGCUUUGGUACUCAAAGCUCAUCUCCUUACCCAAAGCUCAUCUUGUACCUGUUGUCACACUCCAGUGUCCCUGUGGAGAUCAUUGUCUCAGGACUGGCAGGAUACCAGAAGACUUUGAUUGCUGUCUUCGUGGGCAUCCUUUUUCUGCUCUGCCUUCUUGCCCUCUUUCUACUGCUCAGACUCAGGCACCAGAACAAAUGCAGGAAUGGAGACCAGACAAAGACCAACUUGCAACACCCUGCAGGAGCUGCAGAGUCAGUAACCACAGACAGGAGCAUCCAGAAGAGCUCUAGCCCAGCUCCUGCUAUCCAGGAAGAAAUCUUCUACACUACUGUGAAAAGCACGCAGAUUAAGGACAGCAUGGAACUGGACAUUAUGAGCCAACAUGAGGAAGAUCACCCCAAAGACUUGUAUGCCCAGGUGAAGCCCUCCAGACUCAGAAGGGCAGAGCCCAACUCUCCUCGCCUCAUGCCAAAGGAAUUACCGGACUCAAAGGAGAGACAGGCAAAAGAAGACCAAGAGAGAGGCCAUCAGGCGGCUGCAUCCAAGGAGUCCCAUGAAGUGAUCUAUUCCCAGCUGACCAUCAUGACUCCAAGAGAGAGGCAACUGAACCUCACAUCUCUCAAGCAGAAAAGUCCCACUUGA